AUGUACUGGCCGAUUGGAGCUCCUCGAAUAUAUGCAGCAAGCAGCAGUGCCGCACCUAAAGAUCGUAUUAUUCAAACCGAUGAUGACAUCGACUCACGGGAACCUACAGAAGGCAGCGGAUCUCUUAUAAAUGCGCCAGAUGAUGACGCCGAGGAGAAAAUUGAUGAUGAUCAAAGGACAGCCUCUGGUUUAUCCACACCCAUAACGCCUAUCACCCCGGGCAUAAAGCCAGUCGAACACGACACUCACACUCGACCGUGGAAUACGUCCUCCCUCACAGACGCAUCUUAUUUUCCUUCGAGUCGGCCAGAAAAUGAUCCACUGUUGGCACUGAGAAUAUCUCGAAGUGGUCAUCUUUUCGCGGUUAUAACAUCUACCUCCUUGACAAUAUGGCAGACAAAGCCUACCGCUAUUUUGGCCGUUGUCGUUCGGUCUGCCAAAUCCCUUGCUACCUACGGAUCGAAUGUUUCCCUCCUCCUCCGACCCGACUCUAUGAUAUUCGUCGUUCAGACAACAAACGGUUUCCUUAUAACUUACACUUUGGCCACAGAUCCCGAAUCCAGAGUAUUCAAACCACAUUUUGACAAUCACAUAAAUCGCAGGCAGAGUAAUUUUAGUGGUCAUAGAGGUCGGGGCGGUGAUAGGAUACUUUGGGGUCCAGGCGAGGGAGGUGGUGUAAGGGAUGUGAGCGUAAAGUUUCGGAUGGUCAUUAAAGUUGACGCGGGUAUCGGCAAUGCUUUAGCAUUGGAUGAUGAAUUGGUCGUCGCAACAAGAAAGCCGGGCGCAGUACAGUGCAUCAGAUGGACUCCGGACAGCACAGGCAACCAAACGAGUACAGAGAUCUUCAGCCGGAUGGAAUGGCUAGCUAAGAAAGCUAGUGUAACAGAAAUGGUUUAUGAUAGACCGAUGAAUCUUUCCACUUGGACUACUAGUGAUGGAAGGGCAUACGCAGUACAGCGUCAAACUCGGCACAAGGAUUCGGACGGGCAUCGAAAAUUGUUCAGAGGCUAUUGCUUUCAUAUACCUACCAAUGAAGACAGCCAUGCAAUAAAAUCAGCUAUUAACGCUAGAUUCUCCCUUAUUGCUGUUGGCUGUAAUGAUGGCACCGUACAAGUCUACAACGCCAAGGAUUAUGUCGGAAAUGUACCGCCUUCACAUAUCCAUCGUCUGUCGGUUUCCCGACAAUCGUCUGGUCAGUUGACUUGUCUAAGUUAUUCUCCAGACGGAUACAGCCUUUUUGCAGGAUAUGAAAAUGGGUGGUCGAUGUGGAGUGUAUUUGGUAAAUCAGGAGCAAACAGCUUUGGAUCAGACCGAAGAACAUGCGAAGAGAAUAACGAGGGCUGGCUUGUUGGUGUCAAAGAAGCCGUUUGGCUUGGUGGCGGGACCGAAAUCCUUCUUAUUAGCCAACAAGACAAUCGGCUAUGGACUUUAGAAAUGGCGCGCAGUGCUAUUACUGGCUGCUACGCCUCCGCAAAUAUCUCUCGCACAUUACUUCAAACCACCUCGAGUAUAAUGGUUUACCGAGGUUAUGAUAUGCCUGAUCUCACUACCAUAUCAGCCGAAUCAUCUUUGUGGCACAAUGCUCAAAUUCCUUCCAGUUAUCUGGUGGAUCAAUGGCCCAUCCGUUGUUCAGUUAUAUCGUCCGAUGGUCGAUAUGUUGCAGUAGCAGGCCGGCGUGGUCUUGCCCAUUACAGCGUCAAUAGUGGUCGAUGGAAGACUUUCGUAAACGAAAAUAUGGAGAACGAAUUCCAAGUACGAGGAGGUAUGUGUUGGCAUCAACACAUUCUAGUGGCUGCUGUAGAAGCUGGGGAAUCUUUUGAAUUGCGUUUAUUCUCACGCGAGGCUCCUCUCGACAACACUGCAAUGUUGCAUGUUGAAUACCUACCAGCACCGGUGGUUCUCAUUGCUCCAUCUGGAGAAGACUCUCUACUUGUCUAUACGUACGAUAAUUUACUAUAUCACUACAUAUUUGCAACGACAAAUGGUGUAGUGAAGCUUGUGCAGGUUGGCCAAAUAGCUUUUCAUGGCAUUGUUCGAUCACCAGCUAGAGUGAGAGGUCUAAGUUGGAUUUUGCCAGAUGAACAAAUAAUAGAGGGGGACCCGUCACAAGAUGUGGCUGUCGCGACUGUCCUCUUCUUGGUUGAUGGCAAGCUUGUUUUACUGCAGCCAUCACUAAAUGAUGAACGCAAACUUAAAUACGACAUGCGAGUUAUUGCACAAAAUAUUGAAUUCUAUGCUCUUAUGAGAGAUCAACCUUUAGCUAAUCCACCUCGAAAUACCGAAUCUACGGAGGAAUUGGGAGAUCAUGGGCAAGGAAACGGUUUGCGAGACGCUCUUUGGUUCUUUGAAGGAAAUGAGAUCAAAGUAUGGCCCGAGGUUCAGGAUGUCCUUCGCUCAGCUCCAUCGGAGUUAGGUCGUGAACUUCCGUCCACAGUCUCCAUUCCAAUCGAUUUCUACCCUCUAUCGGUUCUGCUUGGUAAAGGUAUUCUUCUUGGCCUCGAAGCUGAUCUAGUUCAACGUCGUGAUGUGAAUUUUGCCUUUUUCAAAUUCACCAUAAGGACUCAUCUAUUUAUCCCACAAGUUCUACGUUUCCACUUGUCUCGAUUCGAUUCUUCAGCAGCUUUACAUCUAGCUCAUCAGUAUCAAAAACUUGAAUACUUUGCGCACUCCCUCGAAAUUCUAUUACAUAAUGUUCUCGAUGAGGAAGUAGACACGCCGCCUUUACCUGAGGCAGCUUUACUACCAGGCGUGUUAUCGUUUUUAUCCUCGUUUCCUCAAUACCUGGAUAUCGUUGUUCAAUGUACUCGUAAAACGGAAGUGAGGUCAUGGCGGACGCUAUUUACAUAUCUACCACCACCACAAGAGCUAUUUGAAGAAUCAUUACAAAGAGGAUCUUUGAAGACAGCAGGUGGAUACUUGCUUAUCCUUCAUACUUUUGAAGAAUUAAGUUCAAGCUCAGAACAACUCGUUCGUUUGCUUUCUCGUGCCAAAGACGAAGAGGAUUGGGAAUUGUGUAAAGAGCUCGCACGAUUCUUAACAGCUCUUGAUGAAACUGGCGCUACGCUAAUGGAGGCCUUGGAGAUGGUCAGCCUUAGAAGCCCUAAAAAUGACCGUGAAGCCACGAGUUUUAUGUUUGAAGGUACAAAAUUAAAGGUGCCUCGCCUGAUCAAAGAAGCUGAUGUUAAUGGAAAUGAUGGUUAUGGAGACUCCAGUUCAGGAAUGUCUCAGGGGAGCAGUGAGCCGGACUAUUUUUCCACCCGCCACUAG